CCAAUUCAGUCCUACAAGUGGUUAUUCAUCGGCAUCAUCUUUGCUUUGCCCCUCAUACCAAAUUUACCACCGAGACCUCCAUCCCCUCUACCUCACCCCCUACUUGUCUUCGCCCAAAAGGGUGGAGAGAAGUCUUUGACAGAAAAACUCUUGUCAAAUGCCUCUGCCGCCGACACAAGGAAUUUUGAAGCCACGAUCAUGUUCCAAAAUUUUGCAUGUAUCCUAGAUGACGCAUUGAGUGAUAAGAACACUCUCCCUCAACUCCUAAAACAACCAUUCAGAGAGUCUAUCGCCGACAUUUUGAGUCCUACGUCAGAGGUUCUCAAAGACCUCAAACCCCAUAUUGCAUGA